UUUUUUUUCUCUCUUCCUUUUUUUUUUCUUCUCCUUUUUUUAUUAUCCAAAUCUUAUUGUUUAUUGAAGGGUAGGGAGGUCAUUAUAUACAAUGUGAUGAGGCGAUAAAAUAUUAGGUUGAUUGAGCCGACGAUAAAGCUGCCGACUCCGGCGAGAGUGAGCUGCAGGUUGGCGGCGAUGGCCAAGUGGGUUGCAGAACCAAAACCUUCUUGUUCUUGUUCUCGUCGUUUCUACAGGUACCAAGGCACUUCUUUGUUUGCUUGCAGGAGAGCGGGGUGGAGACUCAUGUCAAGACUAUGCCGGAAAAAGGUCGUGGAAGCCGGCAACCCCGAGGGCCGGGAGGGGCACCAUCGACGGCCGGAUGCAGGGGCGGCUCUGGUCGCCCAUAGGCAGGAGCAACGGAUGGGUAGGAACGGCUCUCGCGGCAGUGGAGAAUUGCAGAAAUUUCAGAUCACUUCUGCUGAAUCUGAUGAAGCGAGAUUGGGGAAAGGAGCAGAUUCUGAAGCAAGGCAGCCCAUAUAUGCACAUGCUAAACCAGCUUGUGGGAGAGAUGAUGAGAGCCCCAGAAGUCCUCUGCAACAAAAAGUCCAUGGGGAACCGAGUCAGAAGCAUGAUCAAGUGAACAGUGUGUCAUUGGAUCGAAUGCCUGAGCAUCUCCACACAACUUUGGGAGUUUCAGGUGUGACCCAACCAUCUAAUGGCGAGACGGCUAUCCAAGUGCAAACACUGUUGAAUCAACCGACUGAUGAAAGAGUAGUGCUGCACAGUCGCAGAGAAGAAGUGAUAAAAAGUGCCAUGAAGUUUUCAUACAUGUCAAUCGGCAUUUCUGGUGGUGCAUUGGUAACUAUCUUCUUUGGAAACUACGUAAACCAAUGGGAACACAGCCACAAUUUUCACCUCAAGAUCUGCACCUUGAUCAUGCUCGCAUCCUUUGUUUCUGCAGUCAGCAUUCUGCUGCUUAAUUUUCUCCAACACCACAUCAGGGUCUCUCUACAAGUCUUCAGAAGCCUCAAGUGCACAACCUUUGCACUACUUGUCCUGGCACUGCUCGAUGUGUCCAUUCUUUUUAUGAAGAUACUUGCACUGUUUGCUUUCGUCCCAACAAUUGCCGUGGUUGUGAUUGCCUGUGUGAUUGCAUUCGAUGAGGCGCCAUCAACAAGUGAUGACCAUCAUCAGCAAUAGCCUCUCUUGUAAUAUGCUGAUGCUGAAUAAUAUAUGAUAGUAUAGAUAUAUUGUAAUUCAUUAUCAUGAAUUUUUUUAUU